UAAACACUGAUGUGAGCAGUCGUUACUCACACUUCUUACUUCUCAAUCAGGGUUUAGGGUUUAAGCGUCCAUGCCAAACACUCGUUUCUCUAACAGAGAGAACCGUCGCUGAUUGCUGAAGCACUGCUCCAAAUCCCAAGUCCCCAAUUAGGUCUUUGCAGCGAUCACAGCGCCUUUGAGAGGCUUCAGGCUUGGUCGAAAGGAGGAGUCUGGUCGGAUUCAUACGUCUGCUUGAAUUUCAGUAUAUUCAGGCGGUGCUCUGAAGUGUGUGCUAAAUAGGAGGUUUGCCUUGUAAUCUUGGGAUUGGUUUUGGCUUCUGAGUAUUUUAAUUUUUUGCUUGGUGGGUUCGAUUUUUGAGAAUUCGGGGUAUUUAAUCGAGUGCUAGUGGUUACAGCAUGUCUGCAGAGGCUAAAUUAAGGUUUAAGCUCAAUAAGAAACUCAAAGCAUCUAUUGGAAGGCCCAAGUUUCACAGUGAUGGAAAAAAGGAUGAUGAUAAUAGGAAGGGGAGCUUUAAUAAGAAGGGGAUAAAGUUUCAUAAUUCUGAGGAAGGGAGUCGUGGAGAUCUUGAUAAAAGGGACGAUUUUAAAACCAUGAAUGGUGAUAGGAGAAGAAAGAGAAUCUAUGGUGACCAAGACACAGAUCGGGAUUCAAUGUCUUCUAGAAAUGGAGAGGCAUCUUAUCGGAAGGCUUUUUCUAGGAAAGGACCGAACCAAGUAAGGGAUGGUUUUGAUGGUGAAAGGAACGAUACUAGAGCUCCUUUGCGUCCUCGCUCUAGGUGGGGUUCUAAUAGAUUAGAGAAUGCUGAUUCUGAAACUAAACGUUUUUCUCCUAGGAGUCCCAAAGUCUCCAAUAAAACCAAAAGUAAGGAUGGUUUUGGAAAUGAAAAGAACGCAAGUGAAUCUCCUGGGCAUCCUCGCUCUAUCUGGGUUUCUAAUGGAUUAGAGAAUGCUACUUCUGAAAAUAAACGUUUUUCUUCUAAGGAUAGAGGUGCAAAAGUUUCCAGUAAAACCAAAUAUAAGGAGGGCGAUAAGAUGGAAUCUGUUAAUACCGAUGGUGGUCAGGCUAGUGCACUGAAGAAACAUAACAAAGUUAAGCCGGAUAAGAAAAUCUUGAAUGAAGAAUCACGGGUGAUAGAUGAUCAGCCAAAGAAGAGGAAGCGAAUUCGAUUAGAUCCUAAUGAUAUCUCAAAUAAAAGAUUUGAUGAUACUAUUGUCAUAAACGAAAGCAAAAAGGAGAAGGAAAAAGAUGAGGAGGAAAAAGCUGAAAUCUCAAAAAAUGCACAGUUUCGUGCAAUACAACCUAGUUCCUCAAUCCUCUCUUAUGUGGAAGAUAAUUUGUUAGGUCGUAGACGCUUGAUAGAGUUGAGGAGGGCAGGCUACAACACUGAGCUUUCUGCCCCAUUGGAUAAUAUUCCUUCCUCUACCAGCUCAGAAAGAGAGAAUAUUGAGGAAAAUAUAUUUAGAAAUAAAUUGACAUUUUUUGCCGCUGCAAAAGUUUCAUCAUCAUUUCCACCUCCUGAUCUUCCAGAGAUUGCAUUUGCAGGGAGGUCAAAUGUCGGGAAAUCCUCACUACUUAAUGCACUUACUAGACAAUGGGGUGUUGUACGAACGUCAGACAAGCCUGGUCUUACUCAGACUAUUAAUUUCUUCAAUCUAGGAUCAAAGCUCUGCUUGGUUGAUUUGCCAGGGUACGGCUUUGCUUAUGCUAAAGAAGAAGUUAAGGAUGCUUGGGUGGAGCUUGUGAAAGAGUAUGUAUCCACAAGAGUUGGUCUAAAACGAGUGUGUUUACUUAUUGACACAAAAUGGGGAAUGAAGCCAAGGGAUCAUGAACUCAUUGACUUGAUGGAAAGGGCUGAAACUAAAUAUCAGAUUUUAUUGACGAAGACGGAUACAGUUUUCCCAAUUGAUGUGGCACGUCGUGCAAUGCAAAUUGAAGAGAGUCUGAAAGCAAAUAAGUCUUUGGUCCAACCUGCGGUGAUGGUGAGCUCGAAAUCUGGAGCUGGUAUUCGAAGUUUAAGAACAGUGCUAGCAAAGAUUGCUCGUGUUGCCAAAGUCUAAUACGUAGCGUCAGGUGGUUAUGUACUUCUUGGCCGUGGCGGGCUGCUUGUACAAUUGUUUUGGCUUGGAAGCUGAAAGUCCCCAACUCAUGGAGAUGCCGGAUGCGUUCAACGCAGAUUGUUCGCCUCCACAGAUUGAGCAGUUAAAUGAGAACUAGUUUUGUAGGAAGGUGGAUUGUCUGCCCUCCCAUUUCCAUACUCUUCCUAUCCCCUCCUGUUUUGUGUGAUCACGGUUAAGCUACGU